AUGAAUGGAUCCACCAUUUCGGAGUUUAUUUUGCUGGGUUUCUCCUGCCCCCGCUCUGCCCAACCCUUUCUUUUUACCUUUGUCUUGGUUUGCUAUACCACCAUACUUCUGGGCAACUUCCUCAUCAUGGUGACUGUGUUGUCUGAACCUAGGCUGCUCCAGAGCCCCAUGUAUUUCUUCCUUGUCAAUCUGUCUCUCCUCGACAUGUCUAUGGGAUCAGUAGGGACCCCGAAGUUAAUGGCUGACCUGCUGAACAAUGGCUCCACCAUCUCCUAUGGGGGCUGCAUGGCCCAGCUGUACUUCCUCCACGUCUUUGGGGGUGCCGAAAUGCUACUGCUCACCCUCAUGGCUUAUGAUCGCUAUUUGGCCAUCUGUCAACCACUGAGAUAUACCACCAUCAUGGACCGAAAGCACUGCUUCAGGCUUCUCACAGUGUGUUGGGCAGGAGGUCUCAUUCAUGGGACCUUCCAAAUACUGACAAUUGCCCAGCUCCCAUUCUGUGGUCCCAAUGUGCUGGACAAUUUCUUCUGUGAUAUCCCACAGGUAAUCAAGCUGGCCUGUUCAGACAUCUAUGUCACCAAUAUGUUGAUGGUGAUCAACAGUAUCCUGUUAACUCUUCCCUGCUUUCUGAGCAUCUUGGUUUCAUACGUUAUCAUCCUGGCCACCCUCUGCAGCCGUUUUGGGAAAGGUAGUGGGAAGGCUUUCUCCACUUGUGGCUCCCACCUGAUGGUAGUCAGCCUCUUCUACUUGCCCAUAGUCUAUGUCUAUCUCAAGCUCUCCUCCAGCACUCAGCUGGACAAGAUGGUCUCUGUGUUCUACAUGGUGCUCACACCUGCCCUCAGUCCCCUGAUCUACACCCUGAGGAACCAAGAAAUGAAGGGAACAAUAGGGAAGCUGAAAUGCAAGUGUAAACUCCUCCUCCUCUCUCAACGAGAGUACAUGUGUGAAAUUUCCUUUCCCUACCAAAGGCUUUGUUGUGUGUAUGACACUUAA